UUAUCUUUUUUUACUACUGUUAUUUUUUUGGCCAGAUCAUUAUGAAGCUCUCAUAUUUUUGUUUUUGUCCUUUGAAUAUAGGUAACAUAGUGGCCUCCUGAUACAAGAUUAACAAUAGCUACAAAAAUAGGUAGUAUGUUUGCAGUAUGCCUUAGAAUAAUGAAACAAUGAUGUUGGAAUUUCCAACAAUUAUUGAAUCAAUCAUAUGUUCAAAUAAAAAUUGUGAGAAAUAUCCAUCGGUAAUUGAACGUCCUAAAUCUACAUUACAUAUGAAACUACCAACGGUCAAAUCCAAGAAUUGCAGCAAUUUAUUAAUAAACGUCUUUCCGUGGAGAAACUUGCAUGUUUGCACAAUAAAAACGCUUCAUCAAACUGCACUGGAUUUCAGAAUAUUGAAUCGAACAUUUUUCCAGUGCUUAUUUUCAUUGAAAUUCUGUUUUGGAAAGGUGAAAACGUUGAACCCAGCAAUGAUGCAGGAUAUACAUUAGAUUCAAAACUAUGUGAUAAUCCAAAAGGCAUAUCUCUUAUUGAAAAGUCGUAUGAACUUCGUGGAGUAACACAUUUUCACAGAGGGAAUAAUAAUUUAAGAAAUUCUGUAGGCCAUUGCACAACAUACGUGAAAAGAUGUAAUGAACAUUGGGAGUUAUUUGAUGACCUAAAAAAAAACCAAUACCUGUCAAAGAAACUACUAAAGUUUCAUGCGAAAUAAUAAUGUAUACGAUAUAAAAACUU